AUGCAAGCUAAAAGGGGUCUUAGGAAAGGGGAUCCUCUAUCCCCAAUGCUUUUUGUAAUUGUGAUGGAAUAUUUACAUAGAAAGCUGGCUGAGUUGAAAAACAUCACCAAUUUUAAGUAUCAUAGCAACUGUGCGAAACUGAACAUAAUAGACAUUAGCUUUGCUGAUGAUCUUUUAUUAUUCACAAGAGGUAAUGUGAACUCUGUGCAAUUACUUAUGGAUAGGUUUCAUGAGUUCUCUAAAGCUACAUGUCUGUAUGUCAACCCUACGAAAUGCAAACUUUAUUGUGGAGGGAUGAAUAGUAGUGCUAUGAAUCAGAUUACUGAAAUCACUGGAUUUGGUAUUGGUGAGCCGCCUUUCAGAUAUCAUGGGAUACCAUUGAGCAACAAAAAAUUAACUGUUAAUCAAUGUAUGACCUUGGUGGAUAGAAUAGGUGCCUGUAUUAAGCAUUGGAGCUCUCACCUCCUUAGUUACUCGGGAAGAAUCCAAGUUAUCAACAACGUGAUGUUUAGCACAACAAAUUAUUGGUUGCAGUGUAUUCCUCUCCCAAAGGAGGUAACUAGAAGGCUGACAGCUUUAUGCAGAACCUUCCUCUGGACUGGUAAAGGCUGUGUGACUAGGAAAACUACUAUUGCUUGGAGCAAAAUUUGCGAACCAAAAUCUCAAGGUGGUAUGAAUGUGAUUGAUCUGGAUAAAUGGAAUGGAGCUUUAUGA